GACGCCCGAUGAUUGGACGUUUGUUAGUUUAGUGGAGCGAAUCUAUAAUCCUCUUAUUAAUUAAAACAGUGAAUAAGUGAAUAUAAUCAAAUAAUGGCUAGAGACAUUAAAGACAGGGUGGAAUUUGAUGCUCUACUGACAGCGUCCGGUGAAUUUGGUCGAUACCAAAUAUUAAUGGCGCUGGCUAUGUUCCCUUUCUACACUUUCGUCGUGUUUGUGUAUUUUACACAGCUCUUUCUGACUGAAGUUUCGCCGAACCAUUGGUGCUGGGUUCCAGAAUUGGAAAACUUAACUGCGAUGGAACGGAGAUCGUUAGUCGCGCCUCCAGACGAUAUGACACGAUUCGGAUACUCCAAAUGUAGGACAUAUGAUGUCGAUUGGACAAACGUGCUGCACACUGCGCAGACGCCAAACAAUACGUGGCCAACUAUUCCCUGUCAGAACGGAUGGGAGUUUAACAAAAGUGAAAUACCAUAUCCAACAAUCACGAGUGAAAUGGGUUGGGUGUGUGAUAAGGACAGCUAUCCAGCUACAGCUCAAUCAGCCUUUUUCGUUGGUUCCAUAGUAGGAAGUUUUUUUAUUGGCUUUAUAGCUGACCGUUAUGGACGUUUAAAAGCUACGAUUAUCAGUAACAUGAUGGGCUGUAUAUUCGGUACUUUGAGUGUCUUAUCGACGAACUUAUAUGAUUUUAUGGCCUAUAGAUUUUUUACUGGCAUCGCCUAUGACAGUUGCAGAAAUAUGGCAUAUUUAAUUGUUUUAGAGUUUAUAGUACCAAAGCAUAGAAGUGUUAUAUCCAACGUAUCCUUUGCGAUAUUUUACAGUUUGGCACUCGUUGUGCUCCCUUGGAUUGUUCUAGCUAGUGGACAUUGGAAAAUUGCAGCGUUAGUUACUUCAGUGCCGAUUGGGUUUUCAUUGUUUACCCCGGUAUUCCUUCCCGAAAGCCCAAAGUGGUUACUCUCUAAAGGAAGAGUCGAUGAAGCUGUGAGUAAAGCUGAAAGAGUAGCGAAAAUAAAUAAAAAAACGAUCCCUAAAGACCUAAUCGAAAGGUUUAAAGCCAGUGCUGCACAAUGCGAAGAAGACAAAGACAUAAACAUAUUAGAAGUGUUGAAAAGACCAUUUUUAAGACGAGCUUUUCUUAUUAUUAUUCUUCAGUACACGUGCGUUUCAGUAACGUUUGAUGCAUUAUUCAGGAGUAUUAAACAAUUAGAUUUCGACUUCUUCAUUUCUUUCACAUUGAUAUCGUUCACUGAAUUUCCAUCAACAUUCAUAGUCGGUUUUAUUAUGGAUAUAUUCGGGAGAAAAAGUCUUAUGUUUGUGUUGCUAACGAUUUGUGCGAUAUUUAGUGUAAUGACAACGUUUUUCUCUGGUUGGCCAUCUCUCGUUUGUGCUUUUAUAAUGAGAUUUAUGUUAAAUAUGGCAUUCAAUAUAUCCAUGCAAUGGAUUCCAGAGAUUCUUCCGGCUGCUGUGAGAGCGUCUGGCACGUCUAUCGUUCACAUUUGUAGUUUUAUAGUUCUUAUUAUUUCUCCUUAUAUUGUUUAUUUAGAAGUCUAUAUAUCGUGGCUGCCAUUAGUAAUAUUAGCGUGUAUUUGUAUAGUAGGGGCCUUAACAGCUUUAUUUUUACCAGAAACAGCGAAUAGAGAAAUGCCUCAAACAUUUGAUGAUGCUGAGGAAAUGGUUAGGCAUUUAAAAAUCUGGGACUUUUCAUACUGUGUACGACAUAGAAAAGAGAAAAGUGGGAUAGAAAAUCCCGGAAUUGCAUUAAAUGAAUAAUUAGGUAAUUCAUAGCUUUAUUAUUAAGAUCUAAUUUAGAUUAUUUUAUCACAAUGUUAUACCGAUUACAAUGUUAACCAAAAA